AUGGCGUCCCUACCAGCGCCAACGCCCAUCACGGAAUGGCCAGACUACGCUGUUGAUCCCAAUGGCGGUAACGUCAUGACGACUGACCUCAACGCGCUCUACGACAAGGGCGACCUCUGUUGGAUGCAAAUCACCCCAGCAAUCGGUUUCCUCUACGCCGGCAUGCACCGCCGCAAAGCAGCACUCACCAUGAUUUUCCAAUCCCUCUUCUGCGCCUGCGCCGUCGGCAUCCAAUUCUGGGUCUACGGCUACUCACUCUACCAAUCCCACACCACUAACCCCUUCAUCGGAGACCUGUCAAAAGCCGGUCUGCACAAUACGCUGGGGUAUCCGUCGCUCGCUAAUGCUGAUAUACCGGAUAUUCUUUAUGCGUGCUUUGGUUUCACCUUCGUGACGUGUACGGCCAUGAUUCUAGCCGGGGCGAUGUUAGAGCGCGGCCGGCUUUUCCCAUCUAUGCUUUUCCUGCUCUGCUGGACGACGUUUGUGUACUAUGUUUUGGCGUACGCGGAGUGGAACCCUAGUGGCUGGUUGUAUAAACUCGGUGUUUACGACUUUGCGGGAUCAGGUCCGGUGCAUAUUGCUUCGGGGUUUUCGGCUCUGGCGUGGGCUGUUAUGUUGGGCCCACGGGUUGAUUUGCACAAGGAGGCCAAGUUUCCGCAUUUCAAGCCGCAUAAUCCGUUCUUGGUGGGGCUGGGCACGAUUUUGAUUUGGUUUGGGUGGUUUGCGUUUAAUGGUGCUUCGACGGCAAAUAUCUCCAUUCGAUCCGUUUAUAUCGCUUGCAACACCAAUCUCGCGGCGUGUGGUGGCGGUAUGGCUUGGGUGUUGUUGGAGUACGCCUCCACUCGCAAGUUCUCCAUUAUUGGAUUCUGCUCCGGGAUCAUUGCUGGUCUCGUUGGUAUCACACCGGCUUGUGGAUACGUGCGUAUUCAGACUGCGGCACUAAUCGGAGCUCUCACCUCCUGCGGAUCUUUCUUCACCGUCAAGUAUAAGUACCUUCUCCGUAUUGACGAGGGUCUGGAUAUCUUCGCCAUCCACGGCGUCGGUGGCUACAUCGGCGAUAUUCUCACCGGUUUCUUCGCAGCUCCGUACAUCCCGGCCAUGGACGGUGUAAGCAACACCUAUGAAGGCGGAUGGUGGGCCAAAAACUGGAAGCAAAUGGUCUAUCAACUUGCUGCUGCAACAUUCUGUGCUGCAUGGUCUUUUGUCAUCUCCAUCAUCUUGCUCUUCAUCAUUAACAGGAUCCCUGGGUGUCAUAUUAGGGCCGCUGAGGAUGACGAACUCAAGGGCUUGGAUUACAAGUACUUUAGUGAUGCGGAUGGCGAUAUGAUGGUCUUGACGGGCUUCGGUGCUGCAAUCCCUGGCUUUACAACUUCGCAAGUUGUGAGUGGGGCUCGAAGUCACCAGGACGUUCCUGUCGAGCCUGAGAAACGGGAUUGA